AUGCGUUCCCCUAGCGUGUACAUACUAUUGACCACGACGGCACUAUUAGUGACUCGAUCUACUGCUUUAACAACACAGCCGUUGUUUACACCGUCUGACGAGGAGCUCAAGCCUACCACGAAGAGAAAUGCAACAAAGAUUUCCGUGCGAGCUCCUUCUGCUAAUGUCGACGAGAAAUUACUCGAAUCACGAAGUAGUGGAACAGGGGCAAGCAAAAUGGCAGUAACGCUUCAUCUCGUUGGUGGUAUUGAGAAUAGCGCGCAGCAGGAGGCAAAGCAAGCAAUGAAGAAGCUUCCAGAGAUGCUACACCCGAGGGUCCCGCAUGACAGUCAACACUUCGUACGGGAUAGUAAAAUGGGGAUUCCGUCAUCUUCAACUGCUUUGCACGAUCAAACUUUGUCGCAGAAGCAAAUAGAGGUCGGGUUGGCGUUUUUAAAAGAAUACAAUAAAAACAUGGAGCACGCAGAAGUCAUUGAUCAAGCUGAAGUAUUAAAAUGUCUCGAAAAAGACGACAUUUCUGGUUUGGAGGCGUUGGUGGUUGAACACAACAAACCAUUAAUCUCCGCGAAGAGGAUGAAUUUGGCUACAUUACUGAAUCUUGUUUACGGCGAUAAAAAUGCUAGGGAUAUGAUCAAUACUUUUACAAAAACGUUCAAAAGUAGCAGUAUUAAGAGGAAAGGAAUGAAAGUCGCUGCAACCCAACCAUUCAAGAACUCUCAUCAGCUAUUGGACAAGCGCUCGACGCCAGUCACUGAAGAGACGAAGUCUCUUACACGUUACGGAUAUACGUGGCCCGAUCCAGUUUUGACUGAGGCAUUUGCUGCGUAUUCACCACACAUAAACCAAUUUCAACUUACGGAAUGGAAAAAUCAGGGCAAACUCGCAGAAGACAUGGUCGAAAAAUUGUCAAAUUAUCCUCAUGAAGAAGCUAUACGAGAUGGUUCGUUACUUAAGGCUUUCGUCGCGUAUAUUGACUUAUGGAACAUAAAGUUAUCUCCCAAGGAACUGAACCUUUUCGAGUCAUUAAAGACUCAAUUCGGCGACUAUGUUGCAGCCAGCGGUAAGCACUCCGAGCGACAUGCUCUGCAUGGCAAGAAUGCUCCGUUCCAGUCGGAACGUCUGCCAUUUGGCUGUAGUGCACCAGCAACAUUUAAUCGUCUUGUGACACAGUUGUUCAGGCUCCUUAGGGCGCAUGCACAGACAUACUUUGACGACAUUUUCGUUCAUAGUCAUGCGGAGCACGAAAGGACAGAUGAGAAAAACCACACCGUCUAUCUAAGAGCGGUGCUCGUGGGCAUGCGCACAAUCAAACUGUACGCCAAUGCAGACAAGGGCAUCUUUGACGCAGAAGAGAUUCCCUUUUCAGUGUGCUUCAUUGAGAAGCGUGGCAUUUGA